AUGGCUGAACUUACAGAGGAAAGGGCGCAAUGUGAGCGAAUCUUCAAGCGUUUCGAUGCAAACGGCGACGGAAAAAUCUCAUGGACGGAGCUGGCUGAUGCGCUGAAUUCUCUCGGCUCAGGUUCACCGGAUGAAGUUCACCGCAGAAUGGCUGAGAUAGACAAGGAUGGCGACGGCUUCAUUUCGCUCGAUGAAUUGUAUGCAUUCCAAUUGGCCAAUCCUGACUUGAUGAAAGACGUCUCGAAGAAACUCUAG